CACUACGGAUCGCGGUAAGAGACAGAAAGCUUCAGUGUCUUGGCGUGUGGUGGAACGCAGAGACAGAGAUCUUAUUCUCCCUAUGGAAGGUCCUGGCAGGCAAGAUGGCUCCAUCCAGUCAUGCCUAGUGGUGGUCCUCAAAGAAGAAGAAAGACGACAAGCCGGGCUGCGCGAGCAAGUGGAUGGGAACAUUAUAAACUAGGUGCAAUGCAGUCCAAAUCCAGAGCUUAUGAAACGGAUGGUGAAAGGCAGUAUUACCUACCGAUUCUUCCUAUUCACAAAUGCAAAGAUAAGCUUCUUCAGACUGCAAGAGAGCAUCCGUUUUUUGUUGUGACGGGAGAGACUGGAAGUGGGAAGACUACUCAGCUGCCCCAGUAUCUCUACAAAGCAGGUUUUGGUAAACAUGGAAUUAUUGGUGUCACCCAGCCUCGCCGAGUAGCAACAAUUUCUGUGGCACAAAGAGUCGCAGAGGAAAUGGAUUGUUCGUUGGGGAGUACAGUAGGUUACCAAGUGCGUUUUGAUGACUGCACUUCACAGAAAACUGCAAUCAUGUACAUGACUGAUGGAUGUCUGCUGAGACACACACUGACCGAUCCCAACCUCACCAAAUUCAGCACAGUUGUUUUGGAUGAAGCUCACGAGCGGAGCUUAAGUACUGAUAUUUUAUUUGGUCUUUUGAAUAAACAGUUCCUGAUGAAAUGUACCUCAAAAAGGAAAUACCCUCUCAAAGUUAUAGUAAUGUCUGCCACUCUGGACAUUGAGAGACUGUCAGAAUUCUUUGGCAGUUGUCCAGUAUGCGUUAUUCCAGGAAAGGUCUUCCCAAUUAAAGAGAGAUUCCAUAACCUCAUUGGCCCAAGAGACAAAGACAACAGUGCUUAUGUUACAGAGACUGUGAAAGUGACACUACAGACACACUUAAAUGAGCUGGCUGGGGAUAUUCUUGUUUUUCUCACAGGCCAGUCAGAAAUUGAGAAGGCAUGUGAUGUGCUGUACAAUAAAGCUGAAACGAUAGACUACAGGCAUGAUGUCUUUGACUCUUCUGUGGAAGGACUUCUUAUCUUGCCAUUGUAUGGUUCCAUGCCAACAGAUCAGCAAAAAAGAAUUUUUCUCCCACCUCCAAAAGGCAUUAGGAAGUGUGUAGUAGCCACAAACAUUGCUGCAACGUCUGUGACAAUUGAAGGCAUUAGGUAUGUCAUAGACAGCGGCUUUGUGAAACAGUUAAACCAUAAUCCCAGAGCUGGUCUAGAUGUUUUAGAAAUUGUGCCUAUUUCAAAAAGCGAAGCGGUGCAGAGAGCUGGCAGGGCUGGCAGGACAGCUUCUGGGAAAUGCCAUCGGAUUUACAGUGAGGAGUUCUGGGAGAAAUGUAUGCCAGAUCACAUGAUCCCUGAGAUUAAGCGAACCAGCCUUACAUCUGUCAUCCUGACCCUUAAAUGCCUGGAGGUAAAUGAUGUCAUCAGGUUCCCCUACUUGGAUCCACCUGAAGAAAAGUUUAUUUUAGAGGCACUCAGGAAGCUCUACCAGUGCAGUGCAAUUGACAGGAGCGGCAAUGUUACAGAUCUUGGGCGAUUCAUCAUUGAAUUUCCAUUAUCGCCAAAUCUGGCCUGUGCUCUUAUUAAAGCAACCUCUUUCGGAUGUGAGGAUCUUCUUCUUCCUGCGGCAGCCAUGUUGUCUGUUGAACAUGUGUUUAUACAAACAGGAAUAACUCAGAAACAAAAGGAAGUUGAAAAAAGUCACAAAACAUUAUCAGAAAUGGCUGGAGGAGACAAUGACUUUGCUACUCUUAUUUCCAUUUUUGAAGAGUGCAAGUCUAGUAACAAUCCUGUUUUGUGGUGUCGUAAACAUUCUGUUCACUGGAGAGCUGUAAAAUCUGCUUUCAGUGUGGAAAAGCAGCUUAAAGAUAUUACAGAUAGGCUCAAACAGCUGAAACAUUUUCCAGUGGAAAAGAGUGAUAUACCCAAGACUGAGUUGCUUCAGCGAUGUCUGUGUGCUGGAUUUUUUUCCAAUGUGGCAAGAAGGUCAGUAGGAAGGACAUUCUGCACAAUGGAUGGAAAUGGCAGCAUGGUGCAUAUCCAUCCUUCCUCAGCUUUGUUUGGACAGGAGGCCAGUCUGGAGUGGAUUUUAUUCCACAACGUUUUGGUUACAUCGAAGAUAUAUGUCCGAACUGUGUGUCCCAUCCGCUAUGAAUGGGUUAAGGAUUUGCUUCCAAAACUUCAUGAUGUAGAUGCCUAUGAACUGAGCAGUGUGGCCAGAGAAGAAGUGACCGAAGAGGAACUUGCCAAAUGGGAAUCAAGAGAACAAGUAAAACGCAACAAUGAGGGACUAGAAGCCUCACUAAAGAAAAUGCAGAAAAGAAAUGACGACAAGUCCAUAUCUGAUGCCAAAGAACGUUUCCUUCAACGCAAACAACAGAAACUUCAGAAUCCAAAUGCUCAUUAGGGAGAAGCAAGUUGAUAACGCUUAAGCUCUAGCCUGAAUUGCGGGUCACAAAGUAGAUAUUUUAUUUUUACGUUACAAAUAGACGGGAAAAAAAAAUUUUUUUUUAGAAAGUAUAUAUAAAACAAUAGCCCCAGCACAUUAGAUUUCUACAUACACACAUGUUCAAGUUCACACUUCCAUUAUUUUCUGUCAGGUUACCGUUGAUUGGUCAGAAGAUCAAUAGUUUGCUGUGCUGUUCUAUUCUGUUAAAUAAAGCUAGGAUAUAUGGUGGUCUAUUAUAAGUUAUAAGGAUCUGUCAGGAUAUCCAAACAUAUCCGUAAUGACUCUUAUAUGAAGUCAUGGCCAUUGUAAACAAAGUCAAUUUUUUUAAAGGGAGUCUGUCACUGCAAAUUCACAAAUUAAAAUGUUCCUGGUGCCCUGUCCUGUAUCCCAAAUUUACCUUUUGUCUUAUAAUUCAUAUGCAAAUAAGCUCAAGGGGCAGUCCCAUCAUUUAUUAUGCCCAGGCACUCCCAACUGAAUGGAGCCCGACUCCUCCCCUCAGCACUGAAUUGAGCCCGACUCCUCCCCUCAGCACUGAAUGGAGCCCUGCUCCUCCCCUCAGCACUGAAUGGAGCCCUGCUCCUCCCCUCAGCACUGAAUGGAGCCCUGCUCCUCCCCUGGGCACUGAAUGGAGGCCAGCUCCUCCCCUGGGCACUGAAUGGAGGCCGGCUCCUCCCCUGGGCACUGAAUGGAGGCCGGCUCCUCCCCUGGGCACUGAAUGGAGGCCGGCUCCUCCCCUGGGCACUGAAUGGAGGCCGGCUCCUCCCCUGGGCAUUGAAUGGAGGUCGGCUCCUCCCCUGGGCACUGAAUGGAGGCCUGCUCCUCCCCUGGGCACUGAAUGGAGGUCAGCUCCUCCCCUCAGCACUAAAUGGAGGCCUGCUCUUCCCCUCAGCACUGAAUGGAGCCCCACUCCUUCCUCUAGUCCCGACUUAAUGCAGGCACUCAGCUCACUGCACUGCCUGCGUAAGAUUUCAAGGUUUCAAUCUUCCUCAAGCAGUGAGCUGAUUACUAAUUAAAAGGUGUCAAAGCUAGCCCAGCAAGGCAUUAUGCCUGGUUUAAUAGUGAAAUUCCUGGUGACAGAUUCCUUUUAACAAUAAUGGCUCUUGGCAUGAUAGAAGUACCACAAGCAGAUGUAUAAUAUUUAUUCACUCAAAUCGAUUCCUGCUACCUAAUGGUGGCCAUAUACAUUAGAUAGAAGUUGGUUGAACAAUCAAUCAUCUAGUGAACGUUAUUCUCACAGACACGGCUAUAUACAUUUUAGUUUAUAUUGGUUGUUACAGUUGUUCAAACUGGCCAUACACCUUAAAUGAAAUUGGGCGAUGGCCGAAAGAUCUUUUUUUCAAAGAAAGAUCUUUCGUUCACGAACAGUCUUUCUUUGAACAAAAAAGACCUUUCGUCUAUCAGAUGAGAAUAUUAAACGUGGCCGACUACUUUUCAAACAAAUACGGCCUGACAUAUAUUGUUAUAUUUCAACCGACGAACGUUUAUUUUGGUUGAAUUUGUCUGUUUUGACCCAACCUGUGUGGGUGCAUAUACCAUGGAAUACAGAAACCUACAAGGAAAGCAUUUUGAUAAAAUAACUGGGGUAGUUAUCUAAAAAAAAAAAAUAAUAAUAAUACUGUAUAAAGAUCUGCCAAAUAGAGUUUGUAUAUUGAUUUAGGCCAAAUAUUUUGUGUGAACUUCUAAUAUGUAUUUGCAGAAAAUUAUCAUGAACUUUAUGUUUGUACUUUAAUGUUCUAUGUAUUUUUUUUUCUAGAGUAAAAACUUUCUGGGAGAUUUAUCAAGACAGGUGCUUUCUGCACUAGUCUUGAUACCCCUGCGCUGCCGGAGGAUGCACCACUCGUCAUAAAUUAGGCGCAUCCUCAGUCAGGCUGUGUGCCUAAACAGAAAUCUGACAGCCAAGAGUUGCCGUAGAAUUAUGGAUUCAUUUGCACCAGAAAACUGGCGUAAAUAAAAAUAAAUGUGUCUUGGCCACACCCCUUUUUGCCCUUACCUUGCCCCAUUUGGAAAAGUGCCAAGGGCGGCGUAAAAAGAGAUGCUUGCAACUUUUUGUUUGUUUUAAAAAAGUUGCAUUUAAAAAGUCGCAACGGAGAUGUUAAAUCUCCCUCUUUGUGUUAAAGGGGUAUCCAAGAUGCCACACGAUCCUAUGCGGCUGGCACAUUUGUUUCCAAACUAGAUAUAUACACUAAAUGUUUAUUUUUUUAAGUUAAAAAUUCUGUGCCGUAUAAUGUCAAAAUAUAUGUUUAUAAGAAUUGGUGUUCUAAAUUUGCAGUAGUUUUUCUACAUUUCCCCAAUUUUAUUUUUCACUGUUCUGAACUUCAUGAGAGAGAUUUAUCAAACUGCUGUAAAGGGAAAACUGGCUUAGUUGCCCAUAGCAUAGCAGAUUUUGCCUUUCAUUUUCCAAAGGAGCUCUGAAAAAUAAAGGUGGAAUCUGUUUAGUUGCUAUGGGCAGCUAUGCCAGUUCUACUUAACACCAGCUUUGAUAAAUCUCCCUCCUUGUCUUUAGAGCUUCACAGCUAUUUUUAUACAACUUAAAUAAAAAUAUAUUUUAUAUCUUCAA